AUGUCGAUCUUUUUCAAAAUACCGGUGGAGAUUGAGAUACGACUCGAUAAUGAAGAGUCGAGAAAGCACCAUGAAGUGAAAACUCCGCAUGGCCGGCUAGACCGAUUACCUAUUUAUAAAGACGGCGAGUCGGUCAAGGGGGUGGUGACGCUACGGACCAAAGAGGGCAAGAAGAUCGACCACCUUGGAGUCAAGGUGCAGCUUUUGGGGUCGAUCGAGACCAAUAACGAUGGGUUGGUUUCGUCCGAGUUUUUAACUUUGGCGACGGAGUUGGCUGCCCCGGGCCAGUUGACGCACCUGCAAUCGUAUCCAUUUGAGUUCAAGAAUGUUGAAAAGCAGUAUGAAAGCUACAGGGGCAAGAACGCAAAGUUGAGGUACUACUUGAAAGUGGCCAUCCAGAGAAAGUCCAACACGGAAAUCACGCGCGAAAAGGAACUCUGGGUGUUCCAGUACUACACCAAGUUGAACGAAGAGAACAAGGCACGGGAAAACGGUCUUCAGUCGGCGCCAAGGUUGGCUAAGGAUGUGCAUAGCGUGAAGAUGGAUGUGGGGAUCGAGGAUUGCUUGCACAUUGAGUUUGAGUACUCCAAGUCGAGGUUUUCGUUAAAGGACGUGAUCAUUGGACGCAUCUACUUUUUGUUGGUGAGAUUGAAGAUUAAGCACAUGGAGUUGUCGUUGAUACGACGCGAGAUAGUUGGCUCUGCGCCCAACCAGAUAACGGACAGCGAGACCGUGGUUCGAUUUGAGAUCAUGGACGGUGCUCCUGUCAAGGGUGAAACGAUUCCGAUCCGGUUGUUUUUGAGCGGGUUCGAUUUGACCCCGACUUAUAAAGAUGUCAACAAAAAAUUUUCCGUGAGAACGUACCUUUCGCUCGUUUUGAUUGACGAAGACGCUAGACGUUACUUUAAGCAAAGUGAAAUCUUUCUAUAUAGAGAUCUGUGA